UUUUGGUUGGUUCCGUCGCCAUGGUGACCAAUAGACAUCAACAACCCGACGGUCGACAUGGCAUCUGAGACUAAGUUUUCCUUCAACCUCCUCCCAACCAAGACAUUUUCCUUCCUUCAGGACAAAAGCACGCUACAACUACUCAUGAAAUGGUCCAUGCUAGGGCGCAUCUCAGCCCAGGCCUUCAGCUUUGACCAGAACUUCUACCCAUACAACAGCCACGACUUUACUCUGAGUUUCUUCAGAGACCCCUGUGUGCUGACCAACCUCAGGAAGAUGGAGGCUGGAGCCUGGGUUACUCUGGAGGGUGAGGUGGUGUGUGUACAGGCAGAGGUAGUGCCGUGCAGUAAGGUCAGUAUGGAGAUGUUUGACCCUCUCUACUCCAGUGGAAUCAUCACAUCCUCUGGACACAUCACCAAAUGUUUCCAUGACACACACCCUGACUACGACCUACUGAGACAGAUGUUGCAGGAGGAUGGCAGUGAGGAGUAUGGAGUGAUGGAGAGGAGAGAGUUCCUGUUCCUAGUGUUUAAACACAUGACUCUGGGAGGAGAGCUGUGUCAGUAUGAAGACACCAUCAACCCCUACAUAGACACCACCAGAACCAUUUAUAGGGAUCUGGUCAGUGUUCAGAAGAAUCCAGAGAGCAAGGAGAUCAGUGUGGUUUCCACUGUCAUCAAAGUCUCUGCUUUGGAUGCAUCCGGUGUGUGUUACCCAGACAGAGAAGAAGAGGAUCAGUCAUUCUCCUACCUCAUAGUGGACCCCUUCAGAAGACAUGUCUAUGUGUUCUACCACUGUUAUGGAGUAGGCGCCUUCACACUGUAACAUACACACACACCAAUCCAAUGUUUUGGACAAUCUGGUAGGGGGAGUGAAUGAGUUCCUACUUCAGGGAAAAUGAGGAGAAGCUGAGUUGGUCUAUUGUCUCAGUAAGUGGCCUGCUAGGAUGGACUGUUCCGUCUACAACUACUGUCGGACUGUUCCGUCUACAGCUACUGUCUGACUGUUCCGUCUACAACUACUGUCUGACUGUUCCGUCUACAACUACUGUCUGACUGUUCCGUCUACAACUACUGUCUGACUGUUCCGUCUACAGCUACUGUCUGACUGUUCCGUCUACAACUACUGUCUGACUGUUCCGUCUACAACUACUGUCUGGCUGUUCCGUCUACAACUACUGUCUGACUGUUCCGUCUACAACUACUGUCUGACUGUUCCGUCUACAGCUACUGUCUGACUGUUCCGUCUACAGCUACUGUCUGACUGUUCCAUCUACAACUACUGUCUGACUGUCCCAAUACUCCAGAUGUAAUGCAUCUCUUCACACUAUUGAUGGUCUUGUCCUUUUGUGUUUAUCAAUAAAAUGAUUGUUGUGAAAAUGUUA